ACACAGUUGAGUCCAUGCUUUCAGACUACGACAUCCUUUCUCAGUCCAGUAUCCAGCAGCACUCACUGAAGAAGAGGGACCUCCAGCCUGAGACACACAUAGAGAGGCUCUUAAGUUUUUCAGCCCUGCAAAGGCACUUUAAAUUAUACUUAACUGCAACUGCUGAACACUUUUCAGAAAGAUUUCAAGCAUUAAUUGUGGAUGGUGAAGGCAAGGAAAAGGAGUAUCGAGUUCAAUGGCAAGACUUUUUCACCGGACAUGUCGUUGGAGAGCAUGAUUCCAAGGUUGUGGCACAUAUUGGGGAUGAAGAUUUUACAGUGCGAAUCAAUACUGAUGGAGAAGAAUACAACAUUGAGCCGCUGUGGAGGUUUGUAGAUAAUGUGGAAGAUGAAAGACUGCUGGUCUACAGAUCUGAAGAUAUUAAAGAUUUCUCAAGACUGCAGUCCCCCAAAGUGUGUGGUUAUUUGAAGCUGAAUGAAGAUGAGCUGCUGCCAAAAGGACUGGAAGACAGGAAUCAAAACGAAGCAGGUGUCCAUCGGCAGAAAAGAGCUGUGCCAGAGACCUCCAAAAACACGUGCAAGAUGUUGGUAGUGGCAGACCAUCGUUUUUUCAAGUAUAUGGGCCGUGGGGAAGAGAGUACCACGAUAAACUAUUUGAUUGAAUUGAUAGACAGAGUAGAUGACAUCUACCGAAACACCUCCUGGGACAACGGAGCCUUCAAUGGGUAUGGGAUACAGAUAGAGCAGAUUAUCAUCCACAAUGAGCCAAAUGUUGUAAAGCCUGGAGAAAAGCAUUACAAUAUGGCAAGAAGUUACCCAGAUGAUAAGAAAGAUGCCUGGGAUGUGAAAAUGCUGCUAGAGCAAUUUAGCUUUGACAUUGCUGAGAAAGCAGCUCACGUGUGCCUUGCUCAUCUCUUCACCUAUCAAGAUUUUGACAUGGGAACACUUGGAUUGGCUUAUGUUGGCUCUCCCAGACCUAACAGCCACGGUGGCAUUUGUCCUAAAGCUUAUUACAGUCAAAUUGCAAGGAAGGAUAUCUAUCUGAACAGUGGCUUAACCAGCACCAAAAACUAUGGGAAGACCAUCCUCACAAAGGAGGCUGAUCUGGUUACAACACAUGAACUUGGGCAUAACUUUGGAGCAGAGCAUGAUCCUGACAGUCUGCCAGAAUGUGCCCCCACUGAAGACCAGGGAGGGAAAUAUGUCAUGUAUCCUAUUGCUGUCAGUGGGGAUCAUGAAAACAACAAGAUGUUCUCGAGCUGCAGCAAAAAAUCCAUCCAUAGGACCAUAGAGAUCAAGGCCCAGGAGUGCUUCAAAGAGCGCAACAACAAAGUGUGUGGGAACUCCAGGGUGGAUGAAGGGGAGGAAUGCGAUCCUGGCCUCUUGUACCAACAGGCUGAUCCUUGCUGCUCUGCAGACUGUAAACUGAAAGAUGGUGCCAAGUGCAGUGACCGGAACAGUCCCUGCUGUAAAGGCUGCCAGUUUGAAAGUGCACAAAAGAAAUGCCAAGAAGCCAUAAAUGCUACUUGUAAAGGAGAGUCUUUUUGCACUGGGAACAGCAGCGAGUGUCCCCCUCCAGGGAAUGCUCCAGAUGACACGGUCUGUGUGGACAUGGGGAAGUGCAAGGAUGGGGAGUGUGUCCCUUUCUGCGAGAGGGAGAAGAACCUGCGGUCGUGUGCGUGCAACGAAACAGAUAACUCCUGCAAGGUGUGCUGCCGGGACGAGCAGGACAGGUGCACACCGUACGUGGACGCCAACGACCAGUUCCUGUUCCUGCGCAAGGGGAAGCCUUGCACUGUGGGGUUCUGUGACACAAACGGCAAAUGUGAGAAGCAAGUACAGGAUGUGAUUGAACGAUUUUGGGAUUUCAUAGACCAACUCAGCAUCAAUACUUUUGGGAAGUUCCUAGCGGAUAAUAUAGUGGGCUCUGUGCUUGUCUUCUCCUUACUGUUUUGGAUUCCUCUCAGCAUCCUUGUGCACUGUGUGGACAAGAAAUUGGACAAGCAGUAUGAGGAGAACACAAAGUCCCUGUUUUGCCCCAGUAAGUUGCUGUCUGGAUCUUAG